UACGUCGCGCGAAUACCGUCGCGCGCAUCGUUUCAGAUCGUCCCGUGUCUUCUGAAAAACGUGUUAAUAAUAAUAUUAUUACUGUCGUUCGUCUCGCACCCCAUUUCGAACAAUUAUUAUCCACAACCCGUGCAAGUACAAGGGGUAAACAAAAUUAACAGACAUAGUAAAUCUGCACGACGACUGCAGCUGCAGUUGUGACGGUGUACGUUUGCUGACCGACAUUUCUAUUCGCAGCUACCGCUUGUGGUACCUACCACCCAAUCAUAAUAUAAUAUUAUAUAUACCUCGGUAUACGCGUGCGGUCACCUGUUCGAUUUUCAUCGGUACACCCCAUAACGACAAUAUUAACAUUAUAAUAUUAUUAUUAUCGUAGUCGCCGUGGAACCUCGACGGCCGUCGCGCGCCAAAAGUAUUAUAGGCACAGUAACUAUCUAUAAUAUAGCUCGGCAUAAUAAUAAUAAUAAUAUUAUUGCGGCCCGAGACAGGCGGUCAGUGGCCUUCCCGACGGAUUUCGCGCGGAUUACACCUCCGCCACUGAGACACGAGCAGCAGCAGCAGCAGCAGCUCUCAUGCCGUGUCAGUCGGCCGCACUUAACGCGUUCGACAUGCGCUCCUCAACAGACGUUUUCCACUCGCCCACGACAAUGGAAAAGUGUGUGUGGAACGUAAAGAACCGACCUUUGAUAUUUCUAUUGAUAUUACUGUUGGUCGUCUCGGUAAUCGGAGCGUUGAUUUACUUCACCACAGACAUAUUCAAUAAACCUCAAGCAAUAAAAUAUGAACCCUUAGAGUUUCAACGACUUCUCAGUGCCGACUACGAACCUAAUCUUUUCAAUGGGACAUGGGUCCAAGGUGACGAAAUAUUGAUGAAAGACGACAAGGGAGAUAUUGUACUGUUUAAUGUGAAGAAUUUGAACACGAUAGUCUUGGCAAACGCUACUACAAAAAAUGUCGUAAACGCCUUCCAAUACGAUCUCUCUGCCGACAAGCAAUACCUCCUUUUGGCUUAUCGCUACAAAAAGGUUUACAGGCACUCUUUUACUGCUUUCUACGAUAUAAUCAACGUUAAAACGGGAGAACAAUUCACGUUGCAAAACCGGGACUCAGUAAGCCCGUGGGAUUUGCAGUUGGCCAAGUGGUCACCCGUUGGGCAUAGUUUAGCGAUCGUGGAUCAUAACAACAUAUACUACAUACAAGACGUUAAUAACCUGACAAGCACCGUACAGUUGACAUUCACGGGUGGCUCGGAAUUGUAUAAUGGCAUUCCUGACUGGGUAUACGAGGAGGAAAUAUUUAGUUCAAACAGCGCCACGUGGUUUUCGAAGCAAGGAACCCGAGUGGCGUAUGCGUCGUUCAACGACUCGUCGGUGCCCAUGAUGCAAAUACCAGUGUACGGUUUCCCGGGAAACCUAGCUUACCAGUACCCGAGUAUCGUCAGUAUUCAUUACCCGAAGGUCGGCGUUCACAACCCGAAGGUAGAAUUGUUCGUUCAACGUCUGGACGUGAUCGGUGAAAAACCUGAACCCAUACACAUCGAGCCACCAAAAGAACUGACUUCAGUCACUAAAAAUAUUAUUCUGAAUACGGUAAUAUGGUCAGAUGAUACAAACCUAUUUGCAAUGUGGAUGAACCGAAUACAGAACAAAUCAUAUUUAGUUCAUUAUUCCGUGGUCAACUCUGCAGAAAGUGUUAACGUAGUGACUUUUGGUCAACCCGGUGGAUGGUUGGAUUUCACGCAAAUACCAUUGGUCGGCGAAGGACACCGCCUGGCUAUAAUUUAUCCCGUGAGACAAUCGAACGGGGAUGAUUUCAAGCAUUUGGUCGUGGUGGAAACAGAUGGAAAACUGACUCCAGUAACAAGUGGCAAGUUCGAAGUCCUCGAACUUCUGAAAUGGGACGUCCAGUCAAAUUACAUUUACUAUUUGGCCAACACGGAAGAAAAUCCCGAAGAACAGUAUCUGUACCGGGCGUUGGUUAAAGAACAAAAUUCACCAGAAUGUAUGUCAUGUAAGACGGAAUGUAAAAAUCACAAAGCGGAGAUGAGUGUGGAAGUCGAUUAUUAUGCGCUCAUAUGUUCUGGUCCAAAUGUACCAGAAGUCAAAAUUUUUAAAACGACUGGUGAAAAGGCUUUGGACUGGGAAACGAACGAAAAACUCAAAGAUUUAAUAUCUCCUAUCACUCUUCCCCGAGUGUCAUUCAUCGACGUACCCAUCGGUAACGACUUCAAGGCUCGCGUCCGUCUAAUACUACCGCCGGCCGUCGACGAAAGCUCGGACGUCAAGUAUCCUCUGUUGGUCAACACUUAUGCUGGUCCCGGAUCAAAUUUGGUUAUCAACAAGUUUUCGUUAGAAUGGAACAUGUUUUUUAGUUCGAGCAAAAAUGUGAUUGUAGCUCAAAUCGACGGCCGUGGGUCAGGAAGAAGAGGUAAUAGAAACACGUUUGCAAACUACCUGAAAUUGGGAACCUACGAAAUCGAAGACCAGAUAUUCGUCGCGAGUUAUCUCCAGGAACGAUUUUCCUUCAUUGACAAAUCUAAAACAGCAAUUUGGGGUUGGAGUUAUGGCGGUUACACGGCUGCCAUGGCUUUGACUAAAGACGACAAAAACGUGUUCAAAUGCGGAUUGUCCGUCGCUCCUGUCACCGACUGGAUAUACUACGACUCUAUAUACACGGAACGUUACUUGGGCUUACUUCAAGACAACACGAGUGGAUACAAAAACGCGAGUCUAUUGACACAUGCUGAGAAACUUCGUGGCAAGAAAUAUAUGGUUAUACACGGCACGUAUGAUGACAACGUCCAUUACCAACAAUCAAUGAUGCUUUCCUAUGAACUGGAACGAAGAGUUAUACUUUUCAGACAACAAACUUAUCCAGAUGAAUCGCAUGGUCUAUUAAGCGUUCGCAAUCACGUGUAUCAAACAAUAGGUUCAUAUUUGUUAGAUUGUUUCCACGGCAGGUUGUGAUCUCAAUAACUAUGAUUAUUAAUUACAGGCAUUGUAUUAUUUUUUUUUUAAAUCAUUUAUUGAUUUAUUAUUGUUUUGUAUUUUGAAUUAUUAUAAUAUUAUUUUCCCUGGUAUCAGAGAGUGAAAUAUCAUUCAACGAUGUUUUUUUGUAUUAUUUAUUUUCUUUUGAAUAUACUCAAACCCGCAGAAUUUUGUUAAUCAUAAAAAAAGAUCACACUGGUUAUACUUACUUAAUAUAUUUAAGACGUUUUCAUUAUAUAGUAUUUAACGAUUGUUUUUAUUAUUGAGUGUUCUGUACGCGUUUAUUGUUGUGCCAUUUAUAAUAAAUCAACCACUUAAAUACUUGAAA